AUGAAUAUUUUCAAGAAGAAAACCUCGGCCAAAGAUGCUCUUAGGACGAGCAAAAGAGAAAUGUCAGUGGCCACAAGAGGCGUUGAACGGGAGAUUGCAGCCCUGCAAAUGGAGGAGAAAAAGCUGGUGGCAGAGAUAAAGAAAACUGCAAAAACUGGAAAUGAGCCGGCAACUCGGAUCUUAGCUCGUCAACUUAUUCGUCUGAGGCAGCAAAUCACUAAUUUACAGGGAACACGUGCACAAAUAAGAGGUGUAGCAACUCACACACAGGCAAUGUAUGCAAGUACAUCAAUUUCUGCUGGCAUGAAAGGUGCAAGUAAAGCAAUGGCAGCCAUGAACAAGCAAAUGGAACCAGCAAAGCAGGCAAAAGUGAUGAAAGAAUUCCAGAAGCAAUCAGCCCAAAUGGACAUGACGAUUGAGAUGAUGUCAGAGGCUAUUGAUGAAACUUUGGAUAAAGAUGAGGCAGAAGAGGAAACGGCAGAGCUCACUAAUCAGGUGCUUGAUGAAAUUGGUGUCGAUGUUGCCUCACAGUUAUCUUCAGCUCCUAAAGGCCGGAUUGCAAUGAACAAUAAGAAAGUUGACAAUGCUGCAAGAGCUGAUAGAACUCCAGCAAACCCUCAAGUUGAUGAUCUGGAGAAGAGGUUGGCAUCCCUGCGACGUCUCUGAUUAGGCUAAAGAUUUGGAACUGCAAACUGCUAAAAGAUGUGGAGCUGUGAAUACAAUGGAAAAAUGCGGUGGAACUCUUUGCUGCUUUUGCAUGUUGAUGAAAUAGAUAAAAAAACCAGUGGGAAAGAGCAUAGGAGAUGGCACCAGCUAUGCACAAGUGACAUGUAGAAGCUACUGUUAAGUUGAUUCAUUUAUCAAUUGAGGUUCCAUUCACUUGCA